AUGGCCUCGGUCGGUUCAGGAUUCCACUCGCUCUCGCAUCCGUCACCAAAGACGACCCGUGCAAUGCUGCAGAGGGAGCAGGAUGACGCCAUCAUCCGGACGACGGGCUACCACCGACGAGACUACGGCAUGUCUGUUGUCCACGUCUGGCCCAGCGACCAUUCCAAGGUGCGGUCGUCCAUCUUGACGUCGGCCAUCGUCUCUCGGGCGGGCUUGGGGGACCUUGAUCGGCUGCCGGUGGAAUUGCUGCUGCAGGCUCUGCGUCAGAUGGACAUGCAGGCGCUCUUCGACCUUCGUCGGGUCAACCUCAGGGCGCGGCAGGUCGUCGACUCCCUGAAAGAGUACAAGGCGGCCGUGUCUUACGGCCUGACGGCUUACUGUGCGCUGUUGCGGAUGAAGCUCGCGGCUCACGUCACCCUGCUGGAUUUCUACCGCGUGCUGUGCUCCCAGGACUGUACCUUUUGCGGCAAGUUUGGCGGCUUCGUCUUUCUGCCCACAUGGACCCGCUGCUGCUUCGAGUGUAUCGAGGAGGAUCCGGAGACGAGGAUGGUGACGGUGGCCGAGGUACGGAGACUGUUUCGGCUCACCCGCGCGGAAGUCGGCCGGCAACGGUCGUUCCAGGCGCUGCCGGGCAUUUACACCACGGGACUCUACUCGAUGGGCAUGUCCUACCAGAGAGGCCGUGUCAAGCUGGUGCCUUACUUCCCCGCCAUGAAGGAAUUCGGAGAUCGGCUGGACACGAGCGCGGCACGCUCGCAGCAUCAGCCCUUUUGGGACCCCAUCCACAAUUUCAUGGCGUCGUGCGAACUGCCGUACUAUGAUCCGCGGGCCCGGACGGUCGAGUAUGGCAUAUCAUGUGCGGGCUGUGAGAGGAGCAUCGCCGGGCAGGCUCCCGGGCAGGCUCCGUCGAGGGCGACAACCGCUCCGUGGGACAGGGUGUUUUCGCGAGACAACUUCUUGAAGCACUUCAAGAUUUGUGCACACGCGCAGAAAAUAUGGGCGUCUAGCCCGGAGGCUGCUCUCGAGGCCAUCAUGAAGCGAGAUGCUUCCCAAUACUAA